AUGCAAUGUCUCAGUCAGCUCACACAAUUUUGCACUCUCGCUUCUCAAAACAAGAAGAUAAAUAGUACUCAACAAGAGCAAAUCUAUUUGAUUUGGACUGAUCUCGCUCGUAUUCUUGAGAAUUGUACCAUUGAUAAAUUGGAUAAGAAUGUUGAAGUUACACUGAUGAAAUCGGUUUCGUUUUUGACGAAUAUCGGCAAUUCUGUACUCACAAGAAGACUUAUUUGUAGAUGUUUCAACAAAUUCUACAAUAUCAAUCCGAGUACGUUGAUUCCUUCAGGAUCAAGCAAAAUAGUACAAUUGUUGGAACAACACUCAAACACAACUCGGAACCCUCAGAAAAUUAACGAAAUAGCUUGUUUAUUGGAUAUUCUUGGGGAGGCCUAUUCUAUACAAUCCCAUCUAGUACCGAAUCUAUUCAAUCUCAUCAACAAUAAUUUAUUUUGGAAAUUAUGGAAAUUAAACGAUGAUCCGAUUAAAGAGGCCAUACUUAUGUUAUGCGCUAAAUUUGUUGCUAAUUCAAAGAAGAGAGUGAAGAAUGAAUGGACCGAGUACUUGAAAUUGAUAUUGAAAGGUACUCAAGAGACAAACAAACACGUCAAAAUUGCCUGUGGAGAAUUAAUGUUGUCUAUCGCAGUCAACUAUGCAAGACCAUCGGAUGUGAACCUGAAAGUGUUCGAUACAUCCCUGAACAUGUGUUUGAAAAGUAUGGAAGACCCUGAAGAAGAAGUUCGAAAGGUUUUCAGUCACGCUACUGCCCAGUUACUACUUUCUUGUAUGAGUGACACUGGCCUACACGAUUCUGUUGCCAAUGAAGACGGUGUUACUCCAAGAUCUCAAAAACCUUCAAAAGAAUAUACUUGCAGUUAUGCUAUCAUGAUUGCGACAGCUCCCUUUACUAGAAUAGGUCAAACAAAGGAAUUAAGAUCAGCGAUAGCGUCCUGUAUUAUUUAUUUCUUCUCGAAAUGUCCUGAGGAUGUAAUCAUAUCAAAUAUGGAUACAAUUGUGAAAAAUUUGACCGGUUUAAUUUCAAUCAGCUCCAACAAUAUCACCAAUUAUGAUAAGAAAUUCGCUCAAACGUAUGUCACUAAAAUGCUAAGCAUUGGGCUGAUUGAUAGACUAACGGAAGCAGGAAGAAUAGCUUUAUUGAACAAUUUAGUUCAAUUAGUGAUCAAUAAUACUGUAGUGCCAAAUGAUAGCUGUUUUACUACUGUAUUAUAUUGUAUCGGUAAGCUAUGCAAAGUAUUGGGAGAGAGUGUAGCGAAAUACAGAGACUCUAUCCUUGAUGCAAUUUUGCAAAGUUUAAAAUAUCCAAUUGAAAGCGUGAGAUAUAUUGGAGCUUUGACAAUUAAGCAACUAAUGGAAGCUCUUCCAUCUCAUUCCACUGGAUUAAUAAGCGCAUUAAUGAAUAUGGUACAAAUUGAUCAUGCAGAGUUGGCAACAGCAUCUAAAAGAGAUGAAAACAUCAAAAGCUAUGCAAACUCACUUCACGGCCACUCUUGUGCACUUGCUGCAUUGAUAAUGGUUUCGGCCAAACACAGUCUUACCAUUUCACAUGCGCUUUGUUCUGCAGUUUUAGAUACCGCGUCACUUCUGGGAAAGGCUGCUCAUAAGUCAGCUGACGAUCUAUACGUUUCCACAAAACGACAGGAGUCAUGUUGGAUUCUUGUUUGUGCCAUUCUUUCCUUAAACGAUUAUUGGGUAAAAAAUAACUUAGAAAAAAUUUUGGAGCUAUGGGACGAUACAAUGAGCGGAAAAUAUGAGGAACCUAUCACCUAUACAACCAAGGAAGAGGAAAUCACUUACAGGCUAAGAUCAAGAGCAUGUUGUUUACUCUCCUUACAAAUUUUUAUUAUGAACUGUAUUCCUCUCUUAGCACCUGAAAAGCUUAAUUUAAUUUUUGGAUAUGUAUCAGCAACAGUCGAUUUACUAUCCUCGUUACCACCAACAUUCAAACCAACCACAUCAUCAGGGCUUUAUUCAAUUAACUUGAUCAAAAUGAAUCUUUUCAAUUUGGUUGGAAAGCUUCCAGAAAGUGUGUUAGCCUAUGUACCUUCAACAGAUAGCAAAUUACAGCUUCCGCAGCACAGACAUGUGAUUAAUUUUGUUACUAAGAUGGCUUUUGCUGAAGCAGAUGCAUCUAUUUCUGAUUCAAUCCCUAUCAGAACCUCACUCAUUGAUUCUAUGGUUGAUCUGAAGGUAAAACUAGACCCUAUUGAAGAAAAGUAUGCUUCUAUUUCUGUGGAUAGUUUUGAUGCUUCAUGCAUUCUAUUUGAUAAUAUUUCUAAUUUAUUCUACUCUGAAAGUAUUUACCUUAAAUUGCCAUCUCUUACGGUCAGAUUGGUAGAUUCAUCUAUCAGAGUGUUAGGCAAACUUUUCACAUAUCACAAACCAAACUCAAAAGCCCAAAUAAUUGAACAUUUAGUUCAACAAGUUAAAACAGCACUAGCAAACAACUUGAUGACACCCCCAACAACUUCACACAGAACAAGACUUGAAGAAGACUCGAGUACAAUGGAUACUACACUAUGCAUUUUUUCAAACGUCGUUGCCACAAUAUAUUGCAUUUUAAGAAACUUGGAAACAAAGUCAGAAGAAAACAAGAAACAUAAGUUUUAUCCUCAAAUUCAUUCUGUUCUGAACGCUGCUAUUGGAUUUUCAGAUCCAUUUGUACGUGCUGCAGCUGCAGAGUGCAUGUAUUCAUUUGGAAAAAUUAUUGGCGAUAUUCUGUUAGAAGAUGUUGUCAAACGAUGUACUCAAAAGAUUACGACAUCAAAUGCAUCUCUAAAAUCUGGCUUAGCACUUGCUCUUGGUUCUGUUAACAGAUCGGUAGGCACAUUGAAAAGUAGAGAACUGCUUCCUUCAACAGUCAGUUUCUUGAUUGCGCUAUCCAAAAUUACAGAGGAGGACGUACAAAGAAGCGCUUUUCUUUCACUUUACCAUACAAUUGAUACUAAUGGUGUGGCGUUUGCUCCUCACGCAGAAACCAUUAUUCAAUGCAUAUUUUCUCUUAUUUUCGACGCACCUCAUUCUGCAGUCUCUAUUUUGACAGCUGUAUGCAAGAUUAUGAGAGGUCUUAUUGGUUUGGGCCCAGAGUUGCUGCAGCUAAAGACUCAACCGUUUGACAAAAUCUUUAACUAUUUCAUCAGUGAUUUGAUGACUAGUAUUCAAGCAAACUCUGAACUUUUCAGUUCUGAUGCUUUGGUAAUUGAGUUUAUUCACCUAUUACAGAGAGUUAUUGUAUUUACUCCAUAUUUGGUUGAGAAUUUGGAAACAAUUGUUGAUUUUUUGAAGAAGUUAACUCAUCUCAAGAAAGAAAGACUGUACAUUGAAAAUAUUCAAAAUGAGAUUGGCCAAUGCAUCAAAAUUAUUUGCGAUCAAAAACCAGAACUAAUUUCCAAGUAUUUCACACCAUCUGAGCUCUUUGAAGUUGUUGACGAUAUUGACUUUUCAAUCUCUCAAGCAUUAACAUAUCAAUCGUUAUCUCAAAGCUCCAGCGAAACCUACAUUGCAGGUAACAACCAAGAAAAUCACUUCAAAAACAUUAUUUCAUCAUUGAUAUCCAGCAAAUUAAUUUCACCAAAGCCAUGGAUUGAUUUGAUUUAUACUAUUAUAUAUUCAGAGCUUAGAACCCUUGAAAAAGAAACAAGCCAAAGCGUGAUGUUAGGAGAUACUGACGAAAAAGAUGACACACCUGUUGAAAAGAAACUAUCUGAAGCUCAACCAUUGGUGUAUAGUUGGCAAACAAAGGUAUUUGCAAUGAAGUGUCUCCAACAAGUCAUUGAAACCUACAGUGACGAAUUAUGGCAUGUGGAUUUGUCGGUUGCAAGAAAACACCCCGACAAGGAUUGUCUUGUUAAUCACCUUUCCAAAAUUAUUGACAUUUGUUGCACUGCCACAAAUAAGGGAACCAUUUCUGUUCAACAUGCAGGGCUUGUGUUAAUGAUUAAUAUUAAUAAUAUUUUUGGAAAAUAUCAAGAUCCUGAUGUUCCAACAGAACCCCUUCUUCAACAACAUGCGCUUAGGUUUAGCACUGCCAUUAGUGACACCAUCACACAAAUUAAUUCCCCACUUCUUGUAUAUGCGUCUUGCCAACUUGCUUCUAUAUUUAUUCCAUCUCGUAUGCUUAGAAACCAAUCUAAAUUACUUUCUAGAAUGUGCUCAUAUUUGAUCAAUUACAUAACAGACCCAAAAACUUUUAUCAGUUCUAGUCAAGGAGAAGUUACCACGUGUAUGGUUAGAAUCUCUGUAUUGACAUCUCUUGCUGAAAUUUAUGUUUCUGCACAAGAGUCUCAAAAUAAGGAUCUUUUGGAAAUUUUACAACCAAACAUGAAGGACAUUUUUAUUAAUUGGUACAAUUUACUUCAAGACUUUUCAAAUUUAACAGUCGUUGUUAAUGAUGAAGAAGAUGAUCACAUACUGAUACGAACCAGCAACGAAUUUUAUGCUCCUAUUUAUGAACAAGCUGUGGAAAAUUUGAAUAACUUUUAUUUUGUAGAACCUGGAACUGAAAGAAACGUUCUAUACUAUUUCAAACAGUCAUAUGCCGGAGUUUUGAAUGCUAUUGCAGUUGCAAGAGGAAAGGAAGAUCUUGAAUCAACUGUUGAUGAUAUUGAUUACAACGACUCAUUGCUCAUUGGGCUUGCUAUUUCUCAUCUCUAUGGUGCUGACAAGAAAAAUAUUGACAAGUCCAUCAAAUGCAUCAAAUCAAUAGGAGAAAUCAUUGCUACCAAACAAUUCCAAAAACAUCAUCAUGCACCUGGAGCUAUUUUCGAAGUUUUCUUGCUAUUAAUUGAAAUUCAAGGUAUUAGACAUUUACCUCUUCACAAUGCUUGCUUAGACCUUUUAGAAAAGAUUCUCGCUAAUGUCAACGUGUCACUAUUUGUAUCCAGUGACCAAGUAAGCACGCAAGCAAUAGUUACAACAAGUACAGAAGUUUGUUUGAAACCUCUUAGACUUCAUUUCCCAUACCUAUUCAAACAAGAUGGAGAAUUUGAAAUGGGCUCAUUUGAAUUAGAAAAAGAUCAGAAAGACCUAAUUGCAAAGAGCAUGUCAUGCCUCAAGACAAUAGUGAAAACAUUUGGCCUCUCAAUAACAGGUGCUGUGGUACCAACAUUACUUUACACAGCAUGCAGAGUGGUGCAAUUCACAAAAUCCAAUUUGGGGUUGGACACAACAACAGCCAUUGUUGAAGUUAGCGAGAAUCUUCAUUCAGAAACAGAUAGCUCUGCCCAAAGUAUGACUCCUGAAGAAAAAUUCAGUAUUUGGAGUGUUGCUAUUCGUGCAUCCAUUGAUAACAUUAUUAGUCGAUUAUUAUUUUCUGGAAAAACUAUUUACACUCCAGAAAUUGAGCUAUUAUUCAUUUUCCUCUCAUCCUCUCUAUGUUCUAACAUUGAACUUCAUGACAAGGUGGUUAGAAAUAUUAUCAAAGCUCUCCAAAACGAAAUUAACAACAUGCAUGACUCCACUAAUGACCCUAAAAAGAUUUCACAAGCAGUUGACAACACUUUCAACAUUUUGUAUGGUCUACAAAAUGGAAUUCUCUAUCUUGCAAGAAGUGGACUUGCCAAACUUGCUGUAUUUUACUCAAUGAGUGCUGCUGUGGACAUUGUAUUGAAUUUAUCUUCUGAAUCCAAGUACUUGGUUGAGUCAGUAGUGGAUUCUUCUCAUACACUUGAUAAGAUUGCUCCUCCAGCAAUCAACAUUUUACUUGCUGGCUUUUCCUUGCUUUCUGAAUUGAACUCUCCACCAGCCUCGGUUCAAAGUUAUCUCUGCACCAUAGUGCCAAUGCUUGUGAAUAUGACCAAAUUCGCGAGAGACCACAAGAUCAGCAAAACAUUUUCAUUGGGAGUUCAAUGUUUCGAUCGAUUGACCAAAGUAGCUCCAGACCAAUUCAAAUCUCUCAUCACGGCUCAGUUGUUGCCACCAUCGGUCAUUACCGACAUUCAAGAAUUUGCCAAACAACAACAACAGUCCGUGGUUAAUUCAUCCAGUACUGGUGGUGCUAGCACCAAAAAACCAAUUGCCGCUUCAAAACCAAAGAAAAAGUUGACCAUGAACUUUUAA